UUAGUCGCCCUCAUCUGCAGGUGACACGUGUGCACGUGUGAGCAGAAUCCAGCGAUGUCUUGCAAACAGAGAAGAGAUCAAAUAACUUUGUUUUUAUUUGUUGUAACCUUUUAUUGUUACACGUUUCAAGUUAGCCAUUCGGUAAGUUUAGGACAACGGGAGGAAGGUUUAACUGCCUACCAAGUUCAAGAGGCAACCGCUACCGGGUGGGAAAGGAUUAAACACGACAACGACGCCCAACAGGGACAUUGGCGCCUCGUUGAACAGGUUAUCCAGGCCCCAAGUCUGCGAAAAUCUAACCAGCGGGGGCUCACGGAGCUUCGGCCGGAAUCUGCUGCCUUUCCCGGAGAGCCAAUCCCAUAUCGUACCCCGACACUUGAUGACCGCUUGUCUUGGACUGUUGGUAAUAUCAGAACGGAACCAAGGAACUUGGCUUCAGCCCCUGAAGAUGGAUAUCAAGCAGAUUUUGCAGGUUUUCAUGGAGUCCAGGGGAAGAUUAUGGGUCCAUCAUUUGACUCCAGUCCAUAUUUCUCUGAGUGGCUGGCUAUGAGGCCCUUGGUGCAGUGUGAUGAUAGUGCCAUGACCUUCACUGCCUCUGGAGAAGGAUUCACACACCUGUUUGUGAACAGAGAGGGAGCCCCUCCCAUCUCCCUGUUCCAGUUACCCCCUUACUGUGGUUACUCAGUGUGGACGUCAUGGAGUGACCUUGAGAUGAUGGUGCCUUAUGAUGCAUGUUACAUUAAACAGGAGAAUGGAAGGUAUGUGCUGUCCCUGUUGUGGUUGGGCAGCCCACUGAAUCUCUCCUGUCCGGUGCAGAUGUCCACUCCUGUCCCCUCUUAUUCCCACUCUGUUCCCGCAGUCUUCUGCCUCCCCUAUGGCAUGGCCGUGCAGAUACAUGGGCAGGAGCAGGACAUACAGAUACUGGAAGUCUUAGUGAAUGGAGGUUGGGCUGCGUUUGUAUCUGAGAAAUGUGCGUACCGUGUCCUCUCACAUCCUGGGGAGCUUGCCUUCUUCAUCUCCUACGGUGCUCCUUGUAUCACUAGCGGCGAUGAUCUUCAUCUCCAUCUUAAAUUAGAUGAUCAGGAAUACAUCCCCUCCUGUCCAGUCAAUCCUCAGUUUCCCUUUGUCCCCUCUCCUCCUCUGUCUCCUGGUAACCCACAGUUUCCCUAUACUCCAGAUCAUGUCAGCCCUGCACCCACCUCCCCUCCUUUCCCUCCUCAAACUCCAUCCCAGGAGCAGAUUGCUCAACUUCGUGACUACCCCCACUACCCCUAUCCUGGAUUACAAUACCCCCAGCUUCCCCAGUUCUUCUAUCCUGGCUCACAACCUGACCCGCCCUCUUGGCCCACUCCUGGGAGUCCUUCUGGGCCCCAGCAGCAGCAGCCGCACAGUCCCAGCUAUCCCUUCAGCCAGUUUUAUCCCCAAACACCCAUUUACUUCCCUCCGCUGCCUACCAAAGAGACAUUUCAAACUUCUCCCCAGGAACCUCAGAAACCAGCGGCUUCACCAGCCACCUGUCCCUCUGAUACUGAUCCCAUUUGUAGCUACUACCCUUACCCCUUUUACCAUUCUCUCUACCUACCACAGUACCAUCCACAUUACCCUCCUGUGCCCCAGUAUACAGAGACUCAACCAACAAUGACCACUACACCUCCUACCACCACAAGUUCUACAGCUUCUACCACAGCUGGACCCACUCCACAUGUCCCCCAUCACCAGUGUCUGAUGGGGAAGAUGGUUGUAUUUCUGCCUUUUGCUCACCCAGACUCCAUCCAGGUCAGAGACCAAAUGAACACAUGGCUGUUCAUCCCCAGUGUGUCUCCACUGUGUGGGUACAUGCUGCAGAUGGCUGAGGGCUGUGGGGUAAUCCUUCACUCUCCUCUGCCUGCCUGCCACAGCCAGUCAUGGACUCCCACGACCAUUUCCUUAGCUCUGAGGUUUUGGGACCUUUCCAUGGCGCAGUAUAGGACUCUGGACCUGCAAUGCCCGUAUCAAACUACCCCUGAAACUCCUGCACCAGUUAUGCCAUCAGUGUCCCCUUCCCCACCCAGCACCACCAAGCUCAGCCUGUCUGUUGUCCCAAGGCCUAAAGUCAUCUGUACCUCCCAUCAGAUGACUGUGGAGCUCCCCUCUGGUCCCAUCUCUGGAAUUGUUGUUAAAGACAUCAAAGGGAACCAGAUGAACCUCCGGGAUGCCCCAGAGCACUGUGGGUAUUCUGCAAGAAAAGGCAAAGAGGGCAAAAUUCGUUUGAGGCUCCAGUUGCACUCACGCUGCCACAUGAGUGUGCAGGGUAAAAUGUACCUCAUCACUGUCGUCUACAUGACCGUAAGUGGGGGACAAGAGGCUCGGUUAUCCUGUCCAGUGGUCGUCCCGGGGUCUGGACAAGAGUGCAACCUUCCCAGCGAACAGCGUCUCCCCUGCAGACCCGGCUCUGUAUCCCAGCCACAGUGCCUCUUCAUGGGUUGCUGCUUUAGCAAGCACCCCCCUGCCUGCUACUACCCCAUGGAUGAGUGCACUAUUGACCGCCACUUUGUCUUCUCCGUGCCGGCCUCCCUCAUGGAGCCCCCUCUUUCUCCUGCCCUGCUUGUCACUGCCGGCAACUCCACCUGCGAACCUCAGAGAGUGACUUCCGACUAUGCCUUGUUCAAGAUCCCGAUGGAUGGCUGUGGGACACGUAGAGUGACAGUGGGGAAAACGGUCAUCUACAUGGUGGAGGUCAUCAACAAGGUUCAGUCAAUCAGCCUCAACUAUGGCACCAUCACGAGGGAUUCUCCGGUCAGGUUGUUGGUGGAGUGCAGAUUUCUGCCAGGCGAUGUUCUGAGUGUGAGCUACUUGGUUAAAACUCCCACCCUGGGACCUGAAGUUCAGACCAAGGGGAUGUUUGGAGUCCAGCUCAGGAUUGCCAAAGACGCCCAGUACAGCAGCCACUACCCUCAGUAUCACCAGCCCCUGCAGAUGCUGCUUGGGAAACCCCUCUACCUGGAAGUGCGGCUGCUCAACGCCCCGGAUCCAAGUUUGGUGCUGUUGGUGCACUUCUGUGUGGCCUACCCCCGCUCUGGAAAGGCUGUGUGGCAGCUGCUUUACAACGGAUGUCCCAACCCCUUGGACCCAGCCCUGCAGCAGGCUGUGCUAUCUGAUCCUCGGCCACCCUCUCCUCAGGCUCAGACCCGCCGCUUCACCAUCAGCACCUUCCAGUUCCUACCUGAUAGUGAGUUGAAGGACCCAGAUGAGGAGAUCUACUUCAUGUGUUCAACUGAAAUCUGCUCGCCAAAGGAUGGGCCUUGUGUCGAGGGAUGCUUUGGCCAGUGAUUUUGCAACAUGGAAGAUGAUUAAAGUUGGUUGAGAUGAUGAUCUGGGUGUCAAGCAGUGAAAACUUCAGGAAGUCACAGCUCCCAGUCAAGAAAAAGUCCUGCACCUAACGCCAAUAAACUGCAACUGGUCACUUUUACACUUUUGUCUUUUGUAAGAAUUGAAUAAACAAGAUUCAACAUGUUAA